AUGACCAACCUCACUAUCAUCACAGAAUUCCUUCUCAUGGAUAUUUCAAGCAGCUGGGAACUCCAAGUUUUACAAGGUCUGCUGUUCUUAGUGAUUUAUCUGGGAGCCAUGGCUGGAAAUCUUCUGACUAUUUUAGUCAUUGUGACAGACCCACAUCUUCACUUUCCUAUGUAUUUCUUUAUAGGCAAUAUAUCUUUCAUAGAUGUUUGCUCUAUUUCAGUUAUUGUUCCCAAAUCAAUUGUGAAUUCCUUGACAGGUAGAAAAUCAAUCUCACUUGAAGAGUGUGCUGCUCAGAUUUUCCUGUAUACUUUCUUUGCAUCUACAGAAUUUGCUUUUCUUGUGGUGAUGUCUUAUGACCGCUAUAUUGCCAUCUGUCAUCCCCUGCACUAUGGGCUCACUGUCACCCCACAGGUGUGUGCACAGGCAGCAGGUGGCUCAUGGGCCAGUGGGUUGCUGUAUUCAGCUGUGCAUACAAUUAACAUGUUUAGGUUUCCCUUCACAAAGUCCAAUGUGAUCCAUCAAUAUUUCUGUGAUGCACCUCAAAUUUUAAGGAUAUCAUCUUCAAAUAUUCAGUUUUCUGAGUCUGUACUCCUACCUAUAAGUGCAGGCAUUCUCUUAGCAUGUUUUAUCUUCAUGCUUAUGUCAUAUGUAAAAAUAUUUUCUAGUGUGCUUCAAAUCUGCUCGGUGGAAGCCAGGAACAAAGCUUUAUCUACUUGUACCCCACAGUUAGCUAUUCUUCUUUCAUUUGUUAUUUCUGGUUCAAUUGCUGCCCUUGGUCCUAUUGCAAAUACACCAUCUCUUAAAAAUCUUCUGACAGCCAUGUUCUACACCAUGCUGCCUCCAUUUAUAAAUCCCCUCAUCUAUAGUCUGCGGAACAGGGAAAUUAACAGUGCUCUAAGAAGGCUGUACCAAAAAUAUUCUGAGUUCCCAAAAAGGGUUUUACUUGACUGA